AUGGAGGCGCCCUGGGGGAUCGGCAACGCCGAGCGGAGCUGGUACCUCUCGGCCCAGCAGUCCGAAGAGGCGGAGGCGGAAGAGUUGAGCCCGUUGCUAAGCAACGAACUUUACAGACAGGGAUCCCCAGGUGUUUCAUUUGGUUUUUCUGUGUUUAAUUUGACAAAUGCCAUCAUGGGAAGUGGCAUCCUUGGUUUAGCUUAUGUUAUGGCUCAUACUGGCAUCCUUGGAUUUAGUUUCUUGCUGCUGAUAGUUGCUCUCCUGGCUUCCUACUCAGUUCACCUCCUGCUAAGUAUGUGUAUUCAGACAGCUGUGACAUCUUAUGAAGAUCUUGGACUCUUUGCAUUUGGAUUACCUGGAAAGAUGGUGGUAGCAGGCACCAUCAUAAUUCAGAAUAUUGGAGCUAUGUCAUCAUAUCUUGUAAUUAUUAAAACAGAGCUUCCUGCUGCUAUUUCAGAAUUUUUGUCAGGAGGCCAUACUGGGUCUUGGUAUCUUGAUGGACAAAUACUACUAAUAAUCAUUUGUGUUGGCAUUGUGUUCCCUCUUGCACUUCUUCCUAAAAUAGGCUUUCUUGGCUACACAAGUAGUUUAUCAUUUUUCUUUAUGGUGUUCUUUGCUGUUGUGGUAAUAAUUAAAAAAUGGUCCAUCCCUUGUCCUCUGCCAUUAAAUUAUAUAGAACAAUCUUUCCAGAUUUCAAAUGCUACAGAUGAUUGUAAACCAAAGCUCUUUCAUUUCUCCAAAGAGAGUGCUUAUGCCAUACCUACCAUGGCUUUUUCAUUUCUCUGCCAUACCUCAAUAUUGCCCAUAUACUGUGAACUUCAAAGCCCUUCAAAGAAAAGAAUGCAAAAUGCAACCAAUACAGCAAUUGCUUUAAGUUUUCUCAUUUAUUUUAUAUCUGCACUCUUUGGGUACCUCACGUUUUAUGACAAAGUGGCAUCAGAAUUACUGCAAGGUUAUAGCAAGUACUUGCCACACGAUGUUGUUGUCAUGGCUGUGAAGCUAUGCAUACUAUUUGCUGUGCUUUUGACAGUCCCUCUAAUCCACUUCCCUGCAAGAAGAGCUUUAAUGAUGAUGUUUUUCUCCAAUUUUCCAUUCUCAUGGACUCGCCAUUCUUUGAUCACUCUAGCACUCAAUGUUACCAUUGUUUUACUCGCAAUAUAUGUUCCUGACAUUAGGAAUAUAUUUGGUGUGGUUGGUUCCAGUACAUCAACGUGUUUGAUUUUUAUAUUCCCAGGACUAUUUUAUCUUAAACUUAGCAGAGAGGAUUUUCUCUCAUGGAAGAAACUUGGGGCUUUUGUUUUGCUCAUCUUUGGAAUUUUGGUUGGGAAUUUUAGUUUAGCAAUAAUCAUUUUUAAUUGGAUUAGUAAAUGA